UCUCGAUUACGCAGCGGGAUUUACAUGAAACUGUUAAUUGUUUGCUCUUCAAAUAGUCAUCCUGGAGCCGGCAGUCUGCCAGAAGUUAAGGACCGACUCUUUGACCUCCCUCCCCCCCUCUCCGAGCUCCUGUCCAAACGUGCGGGCCGGUCUUCACCCCCCGGCUGGGCAUCAGCAUGACAAAGCACUGGCCGGAGCCGACAAUCUCGGCACCAGCCGCCCUGUCCCACUGUGGAGAGCAUCACGACCAUCACCUUGACUUCCACAGAGAUGCGCAGCACAGUUGUCCUCCUCACAGCGGAGUAGCGCGGAGCUCUGCAGCCCAGCAUUGGCCUCACCACCUGGCUCACAUGGUUCCUCAGCAGCGCCUGGAGAAACCCACUGCGCGUCCUGAACACAUCACCAGUACCACAGCAUUCAUGGAUAAACCCGCACCACCGGGGUCUGAUUACCCGAAUCAACAAGAUGCCAACUUUAAACAGGAGACUAUUUCCCAGGAGACGUGGAAUGGUAACCGGGAGAAGAGUAGCACCAGCGGGGUGAAGAAGAAGAACUAUCAGCGGUAUCCAAAACCUCCGUACUCCUACCUCGCUAUGAUUGCUAUGGUCAUCCAAAGGUCGCCGGAGAGGAAGCUUACGUUAUCUGAGAUCCUGAAGGAGAUCAGCACCCUCUUCCCAUUCUUCACAGGAAACUAUAAGGGCUGGCGGGACUCUGUGCGCCACAACCUCUCCUCUUAUGACUGCUUUGUGAAGGUGCUGAAAGACCCCGGGAAGCCAGGAAAAGGUAACUUCUGGGCCGUGGAGCUGAGCCGGGUCCCUCUGGAGCUCCUGAAGAGGCAGAACACGGCGGUGUCCCGGCAGGAUGAGACCAUCUUCGCCCAGGACCUCGCCCCCUACAUCCUGCAGGGGCACAAGGUUGACUCUGAGCCUCCUGCACCUCCUCCUCCACUUCCACCUGUCACCCACCUCCCCAUUGUACGUUCCAGAAACCCCUCCCCACCUCAGGAGGAUCUGUUCCGCCCUAAACUGGACUCGUCCUUCGCCAUCGACUCUCUGCUGCACAGCCUGCGUCCCCCGAGCGCCUCCGAUGUGGACGUGUCCUCCAGGGACUGCUGGGGGAGGGGGGAGCGCCCUCGAUCCCCUCGCUACGCCUCCUCCGCUCGCAGCGCCUCGGCAUCCUCCGCCAGCCCUGCCUCCACCUCCUCGUCGGAUGAGGACUGGAAAGGGAUGUCUGGGAAACGUGUUCCUUUGGAUGGAGAGGCCGGGUCCGACUGGUACGAGACUACAGACCCCUCUGCACAAAUCAGCUCGACGAGGACACCUUCUGCACCCCCAUGGGAACUCCCUACGUCCUACGCCAAAUAUGCCCCCCCUAAUGCUGUCGCCCCCCCCAGCAUGCGGUUCAACGGAGGCCCUCUGAUGCCCCUGCAUGGCGGACUUCCUCUAUACGGCUAUGGCAGCUCUCCUGUAGCUCCGGGUCACUUUUUAGGGCACGCCUACUGGCCUUUACUCCCUAGUGGAAGGGUUUCUGCCCAAACCGCCCCCCUCCUUAUGGACCUGGACAACAUGUUGCAAUCAGUGCCGCCCAAUAAGAGUGUGUUUGACGUGUUGGUGCCGACCAAUCAGAACUCACACCACCAACCCCCCAGUCAGUACACCCAGCAGAGCGGCCCCCACCUGAACAGGUACCCUCAGUACUGACUGAAGCUCUGACUAUUGGUGCAGGACUGGAAGAUAAACCACACAGGAAAUACAUUUCUGAUGCAAACUCUCCUAAAUCCGCAUCAAUCACUACCUCCAGGACAAGAAAUGUUGACAUAUGAACUCCCUCAUGUUUUUAAAUAGAUUAAAAGUCUGCGUUUUAUUUUUGUAUGUUGCUAUUUCUCCUUAUUGUUUGUCAGUGUGUGGAGUAUUACAUGGUUUCUUUGUGCCACAAACAGCUAUACAACAAAACAGAUCUACCUCAGACUCACUGCAAUACCAAUCUAAGUUGCAUUGUUUUUUUAUUGGCACGAUUUUUUUUAAUACAUGAAUUACUUUUGUAUGUUGUCUACCUCGACGCUGAAUGUAUUGUUGGAUCUAAUCUUGAAUUUAAAGUCAAGAAAAGUUUGAAAUAACUGUUUUUUCAGGGUGUGAACACUCACUUGUUCAGAUUACCAAAAUGUUUUUCCUUGUCUGACUCUCUCAGUUUGGCCGUAUAAUUGUCUUAUUCCAUUUGUGUGUGAUUGCUUUACAAAAACAAUCUUAACCAACAAAAUUGACAACAUUUUAAAUUGUAGUCAUUCUGUGAAAAUACUGCCUGUCUUGAGGACAAACACUACACAACCUCCAGUCUCUACCUCAGGUUUGAAUGUUUCCUGUGGACGUUGCACUAUUUUAAUGUCAUGAUGAUCAUCUUCCAAAUGAAAUUGCUUGUAAAUAUCUGCCUACCUCGACAGCUGAAUGUUUUGUUAGCCGUUUUUCCUGUGGUCUUGUUAAAGGUUUGUACAGUAACGAGCUGGAAGGGAAAACAGCUCAACGUAUUAUAAGGAGGAAGUGGAGUGGAACAUGUCUUCCUGGUCGAAUGUACUUAUUGUAAGUCGCUUUGGAUAAAAGCGUCAGCUAAAUGUAAUGUAAUGUAACGGGGUACGCAAUAAAAUGCUGUUUAUUUUAA